GCGUCGCCGCCUGUUGCGUUCGCCCCUCCUUUUACCUUCUCCCAUUCACGCCCCCGUCUGUCUCGUGGCCUUCCUUUCCUGGCGGCCACAACUGGGCGAGCGGCGCCGCCCUUCACCAGGUCUUCGUCGGGCCCUUCGCCGGCGACGAGCACCCACCAGAAACGUGGAGCUCAGAGCAUUGGUGCCUCUUUCCUCUUUCAUCAGGGAUUCUGGUGCCUCGUUUCACAAGAAAAAAGUGUCUCAAGGUUCUUGAUUCCAAACUCCAGAUUUAAGGUGGACCUCGGAGCUGGACUGUGCCAAGCGGGUGUCUAUGUCUUUCUAGUUAAUAGUGGCAUCAGCUGACCUGUCCUUUUUUUUUUCAGCCGGUUGCUAAGCCUGGUCUAGCUACUAGAUUAUGAACUCUCUGCUGAUCUAAUAGCAUUUCUACAAGAAUUCUUUGCUGUAAGGUUUAUUAGUUAUUUGCAACAAUGAAGGAACAUCUAAUGCUCAAUAUUGAUGACCUAAGCAUUCCUGAGCCUAAUGAGGUCAUGGGAGCAGUCAAGAAUAAAUCAUCUGGGGAAACCAUUGCACGUCUACCCUCCAAGGCUCAUGCCAUUGUAGCAAUGGGAGAAAGCAUGGUUUCUGAAGAGGAACCUCUUCUGCAAGUGGUGGAGUGUCGCAUUUGUCAGGAGGAAGAUAGUAUAAAAAAUCUAGAGAGCCCAUGUGCUUGCACUGGCAGUCUAAAGUAUGCUCAUCGGGUUUGUGUGCAACGAUGGUGCAAUGAGAAAGGAGAUGUAAUAUGUGAGAUAUGUCAUGAGCCUUAUGAACAUGGGUACACUGCACCUCCCAGAGCUCAUCCUGAUGAAACUACCAUUGAUAUAAGUGGUGGGUGGACCAUUACUGGUACCGCAUUUGACUUGCGUGAUCCUAGGAUACUUGCAGUGGCACAAAACCACAUCAUGGAAGCUGAAUAUGAUGAUUAUUCUGCCACAAAUGCCAGCACUGCUGCCUUCUGCCGUUCUGCUGCUCUUGUUUUAAUGGCUCUCUUAUUGUUGAGACACGCACUGACUCUAACUGAUGAAGAUGACGACGACACUUCAGCGAUGUUUUCACUUUUUCUACUGCGUGCUGCUGGUUUCCUCCUUCCUUUCUACAUUAUGGCUUGGGCAAUUAGUAUCUUGCAGCGCCGCAGACAGAGACAGGAGGCAGCUGCUCUUGCUGCAACGGAGGUGGCAUUCAUCCUGCAGUCGGGGCAAGGAAGGGGAGUGCACUUCACCAUCGCACCGGACUCCCCUGCCACACCACAGCAUGAACCACCGCAACCAUAAUUAUAUCUAUCUAUGUUGUGGCUGGCUGCGGCAGCAGGCCACAGAUCGCUUAUUUCGAUAGGUUCCCCAAGGAUUUCUUUAUGGCUGCCGUCUAGUGCAGAACCAGAUAAUUUCUGCCCAAGUUUCAUGUCAUCAAUGUACUUGAGUGUGAAGAUGCGUGUUCUGCGAGUUGGCUAGUGCAUUUUGCAUGUCGGCCAGGGAGUAACGGGGUGUGUGUGUAUAUAUAUCGUAACAGAGACAUCUCGGUUGUAUGAUCUACACAAUUGUCAAAAAAAUGAAUUAUGAUAGCCCGAAUUGUCAAAA